AUGUCUGGGAUAGCCAGGUCGCAGAGCGAGGCCCAGGUGGAUGCUGUGAACGGCUACCCUGCGCCCGGCUCGCCCUCCAAGCUCAGCGAGGAGCUGGCUCGACGCCUGGCGGUGGCCGACAGCAACCCGCCGCUGCCCCAGGCCACCCUGGCGCUCUCCAGCAGCGGCAGUCAGGGCCUGCCGCCGCCUCACGAGUUCACUUUUUUCUGUGAGGCCCGGCACGACGAGGUACCCCCAGCUGGCGCCGUUGAGCAGCAGGCGGGGCAGCAGCAGGGCGCGGCGGCUGCGUCGCCGGGGCGAGGCGGGCAGGCAGCAGGUGGCCAGCUGGUGACCACCCAUGGCGGCGCAGGCACCGGCGAGGGCCUGGUUAGCAAGUGGCGGCAGAAGGAGCGGUUGAAAACGACGGCGGUGGCGCUGGUAAUGUGCCUCAACAUAGGCGUGGACCCGCCAGACGUCAUCAAGAUCUCGCCAUGCGCCCGCCUGGAGUGCUGGGUGGACCCUCUGUCCAUGCAGGCGCCCAAGGCGCUAGACACCAUAGGCAAGAACCUGCAGGCCCAGUAUGAGCGGUGGCAGCCGCGUGCCAAGUACAAGAUGCACCUGGACCCCACCACUGAGGACGUCAAGAAGCUGGCCAUCUCGUGCAGGCGCACCGCAAAGGGCGAGCGGGUGCUGUUCCACUACAAUGGCCACGGCGUGCCGCGGCCCACCGCCAACGGCGAGGUCUGGGUGUUCAACAAGAGCUACACGCAGUACAUCCCGCUCUCCAUCUACGACCUGCAGACAUGGGUUGGCACGCCCGCCAUCUAUGUGUUUGACUGCUCCGCGGCGGGACAGAUCCUGUACAGCUUCCGGCAAUUCAUGUUCCAGCGGCAGCAGGAGCUGGAGGGGGGGUACAUGCAGCAGGCGGCUGCCGCAGCAGCAGCCAGCGGCGCCGUGCUGCCGCCACCGCAGAGCUUAGGGGGCGGUUAUGGGGAUCCCAUGCGCGACUGCAUCCUGCUGUGCGCGUGCGGCGAGGCGGAGCUGCUGCCUCAGAACCCCGACCUCCCGGCCGACACCUUCACCAGCUGCCUCACCACGCCCAUCAAGGCACGUGGGGGAGUGGCGCUGCGCUGGUUCUGCUCCCGCUCGCUGCUGCGCCACGAGGGCAUCACCAAGGAGCUGAUCGACCGCAUCCCCGGCAAGCAGACCGACCGCAAGACGCCGCUGGGGGAGCUCAACUGGGUGUUCACCGCCAUCACAGACACCAUCGCCUGGAACGUGCUGCCCCGCGCCCUCUUCCAGAAGCUCUUCCGCCAGGACCUUCUGGUGGCCUCGCUCUUCCGCAACUUUCUGCUAGCGGAGCGCAUCAUGCGGGCAGCCAACUGCAACCCCGUGAGCUACCCACGCCUGCCGCCUACGCACCAGCACCCCAUGUGGCAGGCCUGGGACAUGGCGGCAGAGAUGUGCCUGCUGCAGCUGCCGGAUCUGCUUAGCGGAGACGGCACCAAAGACGAGCAGCUGACUGCAUUUGAGCUGUGGCUGGAGCACGGCGGCCCCGACAAGAAGCCGCCAGAGCAGCUGCCCAUCGUGCUGCAGGUGUUGCUGAGCCAGGUGCACCGGCUGCGGGCGCUGGUGCUGCUGGGGCGCUUUCUAGACAUGGGAGCCUGGGCUGUGGACCUGGCGCUGUCAGUGGGCAUCUUCCCGUACGUGCUGAAGCUGCUGCAGACCACCGCCACCGACCUGCGCCAGACGCUGGUGCUCAUCUGGGCCAAGAUCAUGGCCUGGGACACCAACAGCCAGGUCCAGAGCGACCUGGUCAAGGAUGGCGGCCACCUGUACUUCAUCAAGCACCUCGAGUCGAGGGACCCGGGGGUGUCCCCAGAGUCCCGCGCCCAGGCCGCCUUUGUGCUGGCCGCCAUCUGCAACCGCCACCCCAAGGGACAGCUGCUGUGCGCGCAGUCGGGGCUGCUGCAGGCAAGCGGGGCCCGUGCAGUGUGCACGGGGCAGCUGCCAGCCGCGCUGGCGGCACUCGCCAGCUCAGCAGACGCCGACUUUGCAGCGAGCGGCAGCGUGGGCAGCAGCGCCAAGAGCAUGGCGCUGCUGGUGCGCUGGCUGCUGCUGUGUGCGGGCAAGCUGUGUGAGAACUCUCCAGAGAUCACGUCCAUGGCGCUGAGGGAGCAGACACAUGAGCUGCUCGCCAAGCUGCUCGGGGCCGACAACCCGGAUGUUCGGGCGGCGGCGGUGUUCACGCUGGGCACCUUCAUCCAGGCCACAGAGGGCAGCGGCCACGGCGGCGGCCACGGCGGCAGCGGCGGCCUGGCCCCCACCUCGCCCUCCCCCACCGCGCCUGGCGGCGUGGCGGCCAGCUCGGCGGCCAGCGGCGCGGAGGGCGCGGCGGCGGCUGGCGGCGCGGCGGGGCAGGCUGGCGGCGGCGCGGCAGAGGGGCCGCUGCCUGAGGCGGAGCGCCUGGCGCUCGAGCGCGCCAUUGCCUGCGCGCUGCUGGAAGUGGUGUACGAUGCCAGCCCGCUGGUCAGGACGGAGGUUGCGGUGGCGCUGGCGCGUGUGGCGGUGGGCCACUCCCUGCUGUUCCAGGACGCGGUGCACGCCCACCAGCGCACCAGCUCUCGCAUCCUGCGCGAGCAGCAGCGCAUGCGGGAGCUGCGGCAGCAGCAGGUGGCGUCCACGGCGCCCGCGGCGGCAGGCGUGGCGCGCAGCGCGCCGACGGGCGGCGGCGGCGGCGUGGCCGCGGGCAGCGGCGGCCGCGCGGGCAGCGUGGGCAUCGGCGGCGGCGGCGUGCCUCGGCCCCAGGCCUCCGCCUCGGCGGCCACCGGCAAGGCCGUGCUGCAGCAGCAGCAGGCGGUGGGCACGGCGCCCGCAGCAGCCCAGGACCGGCAGCGAGACAUGGGCAGCCCUCCGGGCGGCACCAGCGCCUCCCCGGGCGUGCGGCUGCGAGAGGAUCUGUCGUAUGAGCCCAUGCUGCAUGUGGGCCUGGACCACGGCAGCCUAGGCGGCGUGUAUGCGUCGGCGGAUGCGGCGCGGGUGGGCGGCGGCCUGUACCAGGCUCUGGUGGAGGCGCUGUGCACGCUGGCCACCGACCCCUCGCCCAAGGUGGCCGCUGCAGGGCUGGCGGCGCUGCGUGCGGCCAAUGUGGAGCUGGUGCCGGUGCCAGCGGUAGCAGCGGCGGCGGGGCUGGCGGGCAGCAGGGGCACCUCGCCGGCCACCAGUCGCGCCGGCUCGCUCGGCAGCGUCGCGGCGCUGCCGUUCAGCACCCCUGGUGCGGCCGGUGGCGGCGGCGCCAACCUCGCGGGCUCCAGCAGCGGCGUCAGCAGCAUGCUGCCCAAGUCGUGGCAGCCUAAGAGCUGGCGCGGCGCCAGCAGCAGAAGCGACAGCGGCGCAGCAGCCGGCGUCGGUUCUGUCGGCGCCGCUGGCGGCAAUGGGCGGCAGCUGUCGUCCUCGCAGUCGCUGGCGCCGGCAGGCAGCAGCAUGGCCAGUAUCGGGGGCAGCGGGGGCGGCAGCAGCACGGGGGGGAGCCCCAACCCUUCCCCCGGCAGCGGCGGCACCUACACCCGCAUGCCGUAUGUGCUGCGCCGGGCCCCAGAUGUGGGCGACUCGGUGCACCUGCAGAGGACCUUCUCCAAGGAGUCAGCGUACGACCCCAGCCGGCCGCUGUCGGCCCAGGGCAGCACGGGCUCGCUGGAUGCCUCGCCCUCGGCCUUUGCCGCCGCCACGGCCGCCGCCGGCGCCGCGGCGCUGCUGCCGCCCAGCGCCAUCUACGCCAGCAGCUGCCGCGCCUUCACCUGGCCGCUGCUGGCGCCGCAGAGCCAGGAGGAGCCGGGCCCCUCAUACGCCACCUGGCUGCUGCCGCCUGAGGAGGCCAAGGUGGAGCUGCGCAGGCAGCACCGCCAGGACGAGCUGCUGCGGGCGCGUGCCGUGGGCCAGCUCAGCAAGUGCCGCCUGCGCGACCACGUGAUGACGGUCAACACGGAGACGGAGCACACCACGGCGGUUCUGCUGGAGCCGCUGCGCCCCUUCCUGGUCACCGCCGACAGCGAGGGCGUGCUGCGGGUCAGCAACUACCGGUCGGGCGCCUGCGCCAACCGCUUCCACGCCUCCACCGGCGCCCCCGCGGCCGCCGGCGGCAGCGCGUACGCGCGCGCCGCGGGCGCGCAGCAGACUGUGGGGGUGCGGGCGCUGUACCAGCUCAACGAGCUGCACAACGGGCUGCUGAUGGCGUGCGCCGCCGACGGCUCGGUGCGGGUGUGGCGCAACUACGCGGUCCGCGGCCAGCAGCGCCUGGCCACCGCCUGGCAGUCUGUGCUGGUGGCGGCGGCGGGCAGCCCCACGCGCCCCGCCGUGUACCACUGGAGCCCCGGCUACUCGGCGCUGUUUGCGGCGGGCGGCAGGAGCGCGGAGCGGAUCUACAUGUGGGACCUAGAGAGGGAGAACUGCAUCGCGCAGCUCAACCUGCCGGGCGGCGGCGGCAACGGCGACGCGGCGGCCGCCCCCGCGGUGGAGCACAUCGCCGCCUCCUGCUGCAGCCCGCUGCUCUACGCGGCAGACGGCACCGGCAUGGUGCGCAUCUUUGACCUGCGCUCCAGCGAGCUGGUGGGCAGCGUGCAGCACAUCCGCAGCCGGCUGGCGGGCAUGGUGGCGGAGCCGGGGCGCACCCCGCACCACCUGGUGCUGGGCUACCCGGGGGCGCAGCUGGCCUUCCUGGACUGCCGCAUGGUCAGGUGGGCGCAGGCCUGGGGGCCAGGCAGCGAUGCCAGCAGCAGCGGCGGGGCGGCGGCCGGCGGCACGGCGCCGCCGGCGAGGCGGCUGGAGGUGGGGGUGUGGAAGACGGUUGAGGCCCACAGCAAGGGGCAGAUGACGGCGCUGGCGGCGCACCCCAGCGCGCCGCUGCUGGCCACAGCCACCAACAACCAGGUCGUCAAGGUGUGGAGCAGCAGCGGGGAGCAGGUGGGCGUGGUGCGCGCCCACUCCUCCUUCCUGGCCACACACCGCAUCGGCCCCGUCACCUGCCUCACCUUUGCGCCCUACGAGCUGCUGCUGGCCUCAGGCAACGCCGACCCGGUGGUGGCUGUGUAUGGCCUGGACACAGCCCCCUCCCUGCCCGUCUCCCCCGCCCGACCGCCGCUGCCCUCCGUGACGCCGCCGCCGCCGCCGGCUGCGCAGUAUGCGGGCAUGUAG